GGUGAGACGCUUAAUGGAGGAUCUCACUUAGACAUAGACGCAGAGCAUAAGUUGGUAGAGGAGAAACUAAAGGACCUUCAAGCUAGGAAUGCCACUGAAAAAUAAGUAACUUUAGCUAUGAGAGUUCUAGGUAUUGAGAGGUAAUUAAACGUUGUUUCAUAAAAUCAGUCUCACUUUUCUUUUGACGAUUUAUCCCACCUUUCACGAGAACUAUGAUUGUUCAGGGCAAAGAUGCAUGGAUGGCCAAACCCAUACACCUUCACAAAAGCAAUGGGAGAGAUGCUUUUAGGACACUUAAAGGAGGACCUCCAACUCAUAAUCCUAAGGCCAACAGUUAUAUUAAGCACCUACAAGGAACCAUUCCCAGGAUGGAUUGAAGGAAUGAGAACCACGGACACCUUCAUUGUUGGCUAUGGUAAAGGAAAACAGACUAUUACGAUGGGAGAUAAAGAAUCGAUAAUAGAUAUGAUUCCAGCUGAUAUGGUAGUGAACUCAAUCAUCGCGGCUAUGGUAGCCCAUAGAAACCGUUCUUCCCAUACAACUGUUUACCAUAUUAGCUCCUCUAGGAGUAAUCAACUAAAUAUGGGUGAUAUUGUACAAGUUUUCGUUGAUCACUUCAAGAAGAAUCCGUGGAUUGAUGAAAGAGGGAAGCCGGUCAAAGUGAAGAAAUUUCAUUUACUGGAUAGCAUGGCUAGCCUUCACAAAUACAUAGCAAUCCACUACAAGUCAUUAUUAAUGAUAUUAAAGUUGGCAAACUUGAUACUUUGCCAAUAUUUUAAAACCUUGCAUUCAAACUUAGAAAGAAAGAUCAAUCGUGCCAUUCGACUAGCUGAACUCUACAAGCCCUACCUGUUCUUCAAAGGAGUUUUCAAUGAUUCCAAUGUUGAAAUGUUGCAAAUGAUAACAAGAGAAAGUAAUGCAGAUGAUACGUUUAAUUUUGAUCCAACAACUAUUCAGUGGGAACAAUACUUCAAGGAAAUUCAUAUUCCCGGAUUAGUGAAGUACAUUUUCUAAGAAGGAAGAAUUACGCGAAUAAAGAAGGCUAGUAUGCCACUCUGCUUAAAGCUGUGUUGCUGCUUAAAUUCCAUUUUGUAGUUUUUUAAGUAACUACGUUAGUUCCAGAAACAGUAUUGAUUCUAAAUAAAGGAGGCUAAUAUGCUAC